AUGCUUGCCUUGGAAGGUGAACUGACACCAAUUUUGAUGCAAAUGGUGAAAUCUGCCAACACGGAUGGUCUUUUGGACGACGACUGCCAUGCUCGGGAUUUCCAAACAGAACUCAAAGGAUACCUGCAUCAAGCUCUGCAGGUGGAUCGUGAGUGGACUCCCGAAGACUACAAAGCUUUGAACCCAGAUGGUCUGAAAUCGAUCAACAAUGCUAUGGAAUUCAUCAAAAAUCCCAAGAAGAUGUGCCAUGAAAUUGCCGGCUACGUCCAGCGGAUGUGCGAUAUCAUCAAUAACAACAGAUACAGCAAACCA